AGCAUCUAAAAUCUGCAGGCAAACUACAACGGCUUUCACAAAAUGAAGCACCAGCACUUUGGAAUUCAGAUAUGUGGGUAUUAAUUUCAGUAUGGGAUCAAGGUAACACAUCUUUAUAUUUUUCAGCCUUUAAGAAAUAUGAUCUAUGCUCUUAUUUUUAAUUGUGCAAUUGUAAUUACAUUUUACAGAUUUGUAUACUCAAAACUGAAUGGCAACCUUUCCUUUGUGAAAGAAUUUAAGUUGCUGGGUUUGACAUCAGAACCGGCACUGCAGAAGGUUCUUUUUGUGGUAUUCUGUUUUAUAUAUGUUAUGACAGUAAUUGGAAAUCUAAUGAUUAUAGUCAUAAUCCGAUAUGACUCUCAUCUACACAAACCAAUGUACUUUUUUCUGGCCAACCUGUCGUUUAUAGAAAUUUUCUAUACUACAGCUAUUACUCCAAACAGUCUGAAGAACUUUCUGCAGGAGAACAGAACUAUCUCCUUUGUGGGCUGUUUUACACAGAUGUUUUUCUUUAUUGGACUAGGAAGCUCUGAGUGUGUCCUCCUCUCCACUAUGGCUUAUGAUAGAUAUGCUGCCAUAUGUCAACCCUUAUUCUACUCUACAAUUAUGAAUCCUUCUUUCUGUAUACAGCUAAUGAUGCUUUCUUGGAGUAUUGGGUUCUCAAACUCACUUGUGCACACUGUAUAUACUGCUUCAUUGCCCUUCUGCAGAGACCGCUCAGUCAAUCACUUCUUCUGUGAUGCCCCAUCUGUUUCAGAACUCUCCUGCAGUGAAACACGUCUGAAUGAGCUGGUGUCUAUUUCGAUUGGAGGUUGUAUCAUAGUAGCCAGCUUAUUUUUAACCCUUAUUUCCUAUGUCUGCAUUUUAAGAGCUGUGCUGAACAUUAACAGUGUAUCUGGGAGGCAGAAAGCAUUUUCCACGUGUGGGUCUCACCUCUUGGUGGUUGCUCUUUAUUUUGGAACAGUUAUUUUGACGUAUCUCCUUCCAGGAUCUCCAUCCUAUAAUGAACAAAAGAGAGUCCUCUCUGUGAUUUAUGGAAUUGUCACUCCUUUCCUCAAUCCUCUCAUUUAUAGCUUUAAAAACAAUGAUUUUCAAAAUGCAAUUAAUAAAAAGAUAAUAAACAGACACAUUCAUUUGGCGUAUAAAUGA